AUGGAUAGCAGAAACACCCAGCCGUAUGCCAAUGGCAACCAGCAGCAAGAAAGUGCUGGUAAUCGCCAGUCGUCCGACAGCAGGAUCGGUCGCAAGAGGUCACAAGAAAAAGAUGGGAAGGGCCGUAGCAGGUCGCGAACAAACUCAAACAAAGGUCAUCGUACCUGCAAAAAGUGCGGAGAGGCACUGACGGGUCAAUUUGUGCGAGCUUUAGGUGGUACAUUUCAUUUGGACUGCUUCAAAUGCAGGGAUUGUGGUCAGAUUGUGGCUAGCAAGUUCUUCCCUGUGGAUGAGGAGGACGGAUCUGGUCAAUUCCCCCUUUGCGAAACCGACUACUUUCGACGUCUAGAUCUGCUGUGCUUUGAGUGUGGUGGUGCUCUACGUGGUUCCUACAUCACUGCCCUGGAGCGCAAGUACCACAUCGAACACUUCACCUGCUCUGUAUGUCCAACAAUUUUCGGUGCUCAGGACAGUUACUACGAACACGAUGGCAAGGUCUAUUGCCACUACCACUAUUCCACACAAUUUGCUCAACGGUGCAAUGGUUGUCAGACUGCCAUUCUUAAGCAGUUUGUUGAGAUCUUUCGCAACGGUCAAAAUCAACAUUGGCAUCCCGAGUGCUACAUGAUACACAAAUUCUGGAACGUUAGACUCGCCCCUGGUGGCCCUGCUUUACCUCGACCCGAUAUCAGCCUACCUGUCAACGAUGACCAACGAGAACUAGUCAAGGAAGAUGAAGAGAGAAUGGAAGAGAAGGUAUAUCGAAUAUGGAGCAUAUUGUCCACCUUUGAGGAAUCCUCCGCGUCAUGCAUAUCGGAGAUGCUGCUACACGUCAGCAAUGGGGUAUACAUUGACGGCAUAAUCGUUGCCCGCAAAUUCAUAUGGCAUGUCGAUAUAUUGUUCAGCGCAAUAGACAGCCUCGCUGGUCUCGUCAUCGAGCAUGGACUCAAGGAACUUGCUUAUGGACGUGAAGCCAAAUUGCUUUGCAAAAAGGUUGUCGCUUUCUUCACUCUUCUUUCCAAAACACAGGAGACGGGUGUCCGUAAAUUAGGCGUUACUCAGGAGCUCCUGUCUCUGGUCACUGGACUUGCACAUUACCUCAAACUUUUGAUUCGUAUUGGCUUGCAGGGCGCUCUGAAGCUGGAAAGAGAAAAGAGCACUACCGAGGGUCUCAAUGCCUUCUUGGACGAAUUGGCGGACCUCGAAACAAUCAAAGAGAAUGAGAUGAAGAACUUGGAUCUCAAUGAAAGCACAGCAGGACUCGCGCAUCAAGAAUCAGAUUGCUGCGCUUAUUGUCGAGAUCCCAUCGACGACGAAUGUGUAAUGAUAUAUGGCAAGCGCUGGCACAUCAAACCUCCUCACCUGAGUUGCAGCACAUGUACAAGAGACCUGACUCACGACUUGGCCAGUGCUGUCUAUAGUGGACAGGAGGACAAAGUCUAUUGUAUCAACCACUCCUCGCGCGCCCAGGAGACUGUUUCCGGAUUCUCACACGUCACCAAGCUUCAGCAGUAUGUUUUCCUACUCAAGGUCGCACUAGCCAGACUGCUUGAAGUGCUGAAAUCUGGUGGCGCCUUGCCACAUACUUCGGAUGAUCCCAAUCUUACACCCUACGAUAAUACGGAGGGGCAUCGACUUUCACCAAAAACAGAGCGGGAAAGGAAGAUGGGAUCAAGAUCAAAGUCAUAUGCUGGCGCGUCACGAGAGCUGCCCCCAGAAGAGUCUUCUUUGCAGCAGACGGUUGGUGAAAUGAAGCGGUUGCGCUCCACUAGGAAUGAGAGAACCUUGUCAACCACUUUUCGCAAGGCUAGGGAGUCGCGUAUACUCGAUGGACCGACAGGAGUCCAACCCGGCUCGCCUGGCAGCCAUGAUGUGGACGAUCGAUUCAAGCACAAUUUCCGCAUCGUCGACGAUCGUCCAGGCGAGAACAGGAACAAGAACAGCUUGGUCUUUGGGUCGAAUCACGAUGGGUUGACGCUCGAUGAUAUUCCGAGAAUUGUCGCUGCCGAGCAGGCUAAAGAGCAGCGACCGAACGCGUCUCGUUUCGCAGGUGAGAAUCUCCUCGCUCGUAACGAUCAACCCAAACUUAUCAGCCCAAGUCAACGCCGCUCGACAGGUCACGAUCUCCUCGCGCACGAUGCCGCGGCAUUGAGAACGAAACGCUAUUUUUCGGAGUUAUCAGCACUCGAGUACCUCAUUGUACGGACCGUCGCCGUCAUCACCAUGCAACCUCUAUUAGAAAGCAACGGCUUCACAAUGGAAGAGCUUUUGUCGUUAAUCGAGACUCGAAAGACAACAUUCUGGGGCAAGGUUAGCAAAGCUUUGAAAAGUGAGCCUAAGACGAAGAAGAAGGGCGUUUUUGGUAUCGCAAUCGAGUCUCUGGUUGAACGUGAAGGUGCUGAGUCAACCAAUGGUAUCGGACCAGGCGCACUCAAGGUCCCCACCAUCGUCGAUGAUGCCGUGGCUGCUAUGAGACAGAUGGACAUGUCAGUCGAAGGUGUCUUCCGAAAGAAUGGCAACAUUAAACGAUUAAAAGAUACAGCCGAAGCCAUUGACAACAAUCAAAAUCCUGACCUCGGCAAAGAAAAUGCUGUCCAAGUAGCAGCUUUGCUAAAGAAAUUUCUACGAGAUAUGCCAGAUCCACUGAUGACCUUCAAACUACACAAACUUUGGAUUGCGUCUCAGAGGAUAGAGGCGGAGAGUGAUAGGAUAAGAGUGCUACAUUUAAUCUGCUGUUUGUUACCCAAAUGCAAUAGAGACACCAUGGAAGUUCUCUUCGCCUUUCUCAAGUGGGCUGCGUCGUUCUCACAGGUGGACGAAGAAUCUGGCAGUAAGAUGGACAUCCACAAUCUAGCCACGGUCAUGGCACCGAACAUCCUCUACGCGCCCCCACCGAAGCAGGGUAAACAGGUCCCUUACGUGCCACAGGUCGAUGAAAGCUUCUUAGCCAUCGAAGCUGUUAAUCUGCUAAUCAAAUACAACGAAAAUUUCUGUGAGGUACCUGAAGAUUUACAGUCUAUUCUUACAGAUAGUUCUUUGCAUACAGCGUCCGCGGAUAUGAGCACGAAAGAGAUCUUGGCGCGAUAUGGCGAUAUUGUGCAAGGCCAUGUACAAUCACAGAAGGCUGUCGCGGCUGCAGACGCGCCAGCACAAUCUGCUGCCAGUUCUCAAAAGCCGAACGGCUUGGCAAUGCGGAUUGAUCAAGACGCGAAUCAAAAUGCGGCAUUGUCGAAACAGAGUUCGGCACGGCCAGUACAGAACCAAUUUCCACAAAAUAAUUCAAAUCACAGUCUCGGAGCUCCUCACGCGCCAUAUACACAACAACGUGCUGGAAGUCAGAGUAGUCAAGAAGACUAUAGCUCCGGCAAUUAUCGAUCGAGUUAUCACGGAAAGACACCGGGAGUCGCGUCAUAG